AUGACUGAUGCUCCGGAGUCGCCCAGGCGUCCACCGAGCGCCGCAGCUUCCCAUCUUCAGUAUCCGACCCUCCCGCCCCUCACGGCCUCUGUAGAGCAGUGGCUAUCCCACUCCCGACCCACCAACAACAUGGCCUCUGAUCGCCCCUCCGAACCUCCUCACAAGUCCUUGAGUGAUAGCUGGGCUACUCUCAGUGUUUCCGACUUGCAUUCAGAGGAUGGUAACCGGUCCGAACAAACCGACACCGCGUCGCUGAUCGACCAAACCACACCCGACGAUGUCGCCAGUCUCGACGAGCGGUACAGCAGCAGCGAGGCUGAUGGCCCAGAUGAGGAAUAUCGCCGUGAUCAGGAAUGCGAGGAGACACAUCGCGAUGAGGCACCGAGCACCCGGGGAUCUCAACUAUUUCCCAAGCUCUAUACUCAUGCUGCGGGCAUCGACGAUAGCGGACUCACAACAAGACCACGUCAGUUAUCCGAGCUCAUCGAAUUCCCGGAGCCCGAGAUGUGGCCGGAGACUGAGCGGGUUGAGUUCAAGCAUACGACUCUUAUCUUCGACGAUAAGAUGGCCGCGGCAUUAAAGAGUCAACUACCGGCCAUGUUGCUGCCAUCUAAUACAACCGACUCCAUACUCAUGGCCACGGUCCAACAAACCAUGACCAAGCACAGUCUGGACCUUGACAAGCCUUUCCGCGUGCUGUACGUUGGCCAACCCGAAUACCGCAACAUCAUUCUUGACAAGAUCGGCGAUGUCCUGGUCUCAAGCUCAUCUACUGGAUCGCCGAGCAGCUCUGCUGAGUCUUCACGCUACCAUGUUGUGCCCACAUCGUUUGGAGCAGGUGCCGUGCCAAACUUCGCCGAGUUGCUUCCUAUUCAUGUCCAGCUCGUCGUAGACGAGUGCAUGGAAGCUACUGUGGGCUCCUCGCAGGACCAACCCCAAACCCUGCAUUUAACGUUCAAGAAUCGACCAUCCUGUCGGUCAUGGUGGGAUGGAGACAAAUACUGUGUUUCAUCAGCAUCAGAGUGGACUCUUCCCGACAUGGCAAUCAUUUUUGUGUCUAGCCACGAUGAUGCUUCAGUCGUGCAAACCCAACGGCUUGCUCAUGCCUUUUUAGAGCGACAUGGAAUACCCGCAAUGGUCAUCUCUGAGGAGCCGAUGUGGGAGCGUGUCGGUGAAACCGUUCCGCUGAACCAGGAUAGUCUUCACAUGUGUCUGGAGUCUCGAAACGCUCAGACCGGAGAAACAGUACUCCUUCGACGCUACCCAAUCGAUCUGGAGACUUUCGAGAGUAUUACCCCUAGCCAGCUCAAUAGAAACCUAGCUUCUCUUAUGGAGCUCUAUCCCAACAAGUUGCACAAGACAACCGCCGAUACUCCAAGCCUGGCUCAACGAUGCUCAAACCCUGACCCAGAGAAAUAUCCUCUCAACUGGAUACCUCCAGCGUAUGCCAGCAGGGCUUGUGAUGUUGCCCCGAUGCUGCGUUUGGUCACGCUAACUCUCAUCUCGGCAAUCGCCCUCUCAGUCGGUUAUGCCGCCGUCAAGACCGUGGUUAUUUUUCUCGCCCAAUGUAUUGCCGGGUCCGCUUUGUCUCACAUAUCCUCUCCAUCCCUUGUACCCAUUCCAACGACUGCCAUGAGUUUUGAAAACGUGAGACAAACUGCCUUGUCCGUUCGUCCAGAUGAUCAAGUGGGAUUACUUCAAAGCCAAUCUUCGGAUAACGCUAUCAUGGAGCAGAUCACUGGACUUAGCAUUGCAGGCUCUGCAGAACCCAGAAAUCCGGACAAAUUUGAAAUCCAAGUUGUUGGAGAUUGCCAUGUGGUGAUAAAACCGCCUCGAAACCUUGCAUCUUCUAAGAAGCAAGCACGAUUCAACGUCAGUGUUCAACGAUACGAUCAAGCCCUUCCUUAUGAAUUGUCUAGGCUAUUUUAUGAUGUCUACUCACUACGAUUGGAUCGAGAGGAAGCUUACGGCUUGAUCAAUGUUACAGUCACUGCCAAGUCAAAGAUACCCAUCAGACAAACUACAGUGGUUGACUUCGGUACUCCAUGGCUGAAGAUCGCCAAUUGGAGACGGGCAGCCCGCAUCAUAUCUUCGCAGGUGACGAAGGAAUUGGGAGUCGUCCAAAGUAAUCUUAACGAGGUCUACGGACGACUCACCACCGACCUUACUGACAUCUAUGGCCACAUGACCACCGACCUGACUGAUUUCUAUGGGCAUCUAUCCACCGACCUUCAGUCCAUUGCGGGAAGUGUCGCCAAGAGAUCUCACCAUCUGCGAGCUAAUGCUGAGUGCCUUCACCUGGAUGGCCUUCAUGCUCGAGAAAGUCUGCGGUCGAGCUCGACGCAGCUCUCGACCUUUGUCCACAAUGCUCUUGGACAACUCCGCAGUGCAACUUCUGUCCUACACAGCCGCUCGGUCUAUAUUGAUCAAGAGGCCAGGACGUUGUUCGGCGAUGCGAGGAGCUUCUUGGAGAACUCUGCUGCGAAGGUCAAUGUUCGCUCUAUGAUAGACCGAAUGCGCAGUACAAACUAUGCCACGCUCGAUCGGGCUCAGACCCGCGCACGUCAGGUUGUGGGGCUUCAAUCUGCAAAGUCUGAUUGCUCAGGUGAUAGCCGCAAGUGUUGA